AUGUCUGCUUAUGAAGAUAACAUUGAUGAUGAUCAACCUGAAGAAGGACAUGAAUCUCAAGCUGGUGGAAAGAAAAGGCCGGCUUCAGAGAGAUCAUGUACCGAACUGCCUCCACCUACAAAGAAGAAACAAGUUCACAGAGCAGAAGUGUGGCAACACUUUAUUCAGAGGGAAGAUGACCCGAGCAUAGCUAACUGUCGAUAUUGUGGUCAAGAUAUAGGCUGCGACUCUAAGAAGAGUGGAACAAGUGCCAUGAAAAAUCACAUAUCUCGCUGUAAGUUGCAUGAACUCUUUAAGUCUAGUGGGGGUCAGACAAUCCUAGGUGGUGAUAGUAGUGGUGUAGUGACUGCAGUGAAGUAUGAUGGUACCCUGUUUAGGAGAUCUGUCAAUGAGAUGAUUGUGUUGAAUGAGUUACCGUUUGCUUUUGUGGAAUCUGAAGGGAGAACAGCAACAGAGGACAUUUUUGGGAUGUUCUUGAAAGAGAAAGAAGCGUUGAAGCACUUGUUCAGUUCUGAGCAGAAGAGAGUCUCUCUAACCACAGAUAUAUGGGUUGCUCCUACAACCUCUUGCAGCUACAUGGUUGUGACAGCUCACUGGAUUGACAGAAACUGGAUUAUGCAGAAGAGGAUUAUUAGCUUUAAACCAGUGACAGACCAUAAAGGAGAAACGAUAACUGAACAUCUCAGUCACUGUCUUGAAGAUUGGGGACUCAAGAAAGUGUUCACAGUGACAGUAGACAACGCCAAGGGAAAUGAUAAGGCACUACGACUUGAGGGACGUUUAGCUGAGGUAAAAGAAAGUGUGGUGGCUAUCAGGAACGCAGUCAAGUAUGUGAGAUCAUCUGGUCCACGGCUACAAUCGUUUCAGUUGAGGGUCCUCACAGGAAAAGUUAGUAGAGGAAGCUUGUCUUUGGACUGUACUACAAGGUGGAACUCAACAUAUCUGAUGCUGUGUGCUGCGUUGAAGUUUAGGGUUGCGUUUGAGAAGCUUCUAGCAGAAGAUAUGUUGUACAAUGAUUACUUCAACGAAGAAGAAGAGACUGGACAGAAAAGGGUUGGACCUGUCCUUUUUUGGCUCUUGUUCUCUGUUUUUGGACUUAAGCUUUCCUGUUUCCCUUUCUCUAUUUUUGGUAAAACCACCACUUGA